GAUAUAAAUAAUAAAAUCGUUUGUUUUUAAUAUUGUUAUGUAAAUUAAGUAAUUUCUGAUUGUUUUCAAACCACAUUUUAUUCAAUCGGUUAAAGAGGUGCUCUUCUAAUCAAAAAGAAGCUGGAUACCAAUGAAUGAAUAAUAAAGGGGGGGGCCAAGAGAAGAGAACUAUAGAAGAGAACUAUAGAACUGUAAAAGAAUAAAAACUGAAUGGAACACAAACAAACAAGAUUACAAUUACACUGAUAGACACAAGAGUGUCAAAAGCUGACAACCAAUACAAACAAACAACAUCUCAUGUGAACAGGAAAUAAAAUUCUCUACAAAAGUGAAAAGUGAAGGAUUUGAAAAACAAUGAAUAUGAGCUGCAAUCAGUAUUAAAAAUAUGGGAUAUAAAAAAAAUAAAUAAAGCAACAGUUAAUGGUAGAGAGACUUUAACGGAAAUAAAAAAGGACAUCACGUGUUCAUAAUAACAAUGUAAAUUGAAACCAAUUAAAGAGAAGUAAAAACAAAAACAAUAUCUCUAGUUAAUGCCUUUUACGUUCUAACUAGCAAGAUGUCUAAAAGUAAGAGUAUUUUAAAAAGGACAAUAAUUCUAAAGCAAAUAAAUUAAAACUAUAAAUUCAGUUGUUUGUCUACUAAAAAAAAUAUUUUGUUAAUGACAAAUUGUGUGGCAUACUUUUGUGGGUUUAUCAACAAAAUCAUAAGUGUAUGAGUGCUACGUGUGUAUUUAAUAGUUACCGGUUUUGUUUAUAUAAUUGUUUAUUUUAAUUAAAUACUUCCUUUGUUGUUCUAGUAAACUAUUACGUGAUGUUUUGUUAAAUAUUUUUAUUUUUAUGGCAUUUUCAAAAUUACUUGCCUCUAUUUUUAUUGCCACCACCUCAAUGGAGUUAAAAGUUUUUAGUUAUUUCGUAAUAAAUUACUAUUUAAAUAAACUGAUAUCUACAAUAUCUGUUGAUAUUUAUUAAAAGAAAAUAAAUAAAGAAAACGUGCUAGCAUCACUAACAGUAGUAACUUAAACCACCGUCCUGUUACGCAAAUAAGCAGCAAAAAAGGAUGAAAGUUUGUCCAUUAAUUUUAUAUACCAAUAUUUUAACAACGCUUGCCAUACUUUCCCCACAUAGUUUAUUGUCUUUAUUAUUGGCAACAUAUUAAACAAAAAAAGUAAAUAAAAUACGAAAUAUAUAUACAUCUUCUUAAUAAACUAACCGGAAAGCAACGCACUUCUUUUUUCCUACAUAAAUCAACACGUCUCUCAACUUAACUCCUGCUGCCAUUUAAGAGUAAGAAAUUUCUGAAUAUAACUUGACACUACGUUGUCAUUCUUUUAGUGCAAAUAUAAGAUCUUUUUGUUUUUAUAUAUAAAAAAAUAACAAAAAAUAAACAUAAAAUAGUUAAAAGGAUAAACUACUGGCGGCAACCCAGCAACAUCUGCAUUCAUCAUAACAAUAAGAAAACGUGUAAAAUUUUUAACAUUCUGCAAACCGAAGAACGAUAUUGUCAACAUUGUCACCGUCACCACCACUACUACCAUCACUCUGCUAUAGCAAGACAUACGAAAAUAGUAUUUAUAGCUGCAACAAAAUCAGCAUCUGUAGCAACGUUAGCAUCAGUAUUAUCAACAUCAUCAUGACACAUUGGCUGUUAAAUUUAUUGACGCUACUUAUGUAUGCGGGAUCCUUGGAAUGCGCUUCAAAACGUUUUUUCACAGAUUUUUUACAAGACUUACCCACACCCGGCACUGGUGGUCCCACAUUUGAUACAACAGUUCCCUCGAAUAUAACCGGUCUAGUGGGUAAAACUGUAAAAUUAACAUGUCGUGUGAAAAAUUUAGGCAACAGAACGGUCUCUUGGGUGCGUCAUCGUGAUAUACACUUGUUAACAGUGGGUCGUUAUACUUACACUUCAGAUCAAAGAUUUGAGGCAAUGCAUUCACCUCAUGCCGAAGAUUGGACACUGCGUAUACGUUAUGCCCAGCGUAAAGAUUCGGGUAUUUACGAAUGUCAAAUAUCAACAACACCACCAAUUGGUCAUUCGGUUUAUUUGAAUAUUGUGGAACCUGUUACUGAAGUAAUUGGAGGUCCAGAGCUGCACAUUAAUAAGGGAUCAACUAUAAAUUUAACUUGUAUUGUUAAAUUUGCACCAGAACCUCCACCCACAGUUAUAUGGUCACACAAUCGACAGGUCAUAAAUUUCGAUUCACCACGUGGCGGUAUAUCACUAGUAACGGAAAAAGGUGUUUUAACCACAAGUCGUUUAUUGGUACAGAAAGCAAUACAACAGGAUUCUGGACUUUAUACAUGUACGCCUUCGAAUGCAAAUCCCACAUCUGUGCGAGUACAUAUCGUUGAUGGUAAGUAA